AUGGUCGCUCAUUCCUCAGACGGGUUAUCCGCCACGGCUCCGGUCACCGGCGGAGAUGUUCUGGUUGAUGCUCGCGUUUCUAUUGAAGAGAAGCCACCACGCUCCUUGGAUUCAACUCAACAGUCUACUGAGGAGGAGCGCGUUCAAUUGCCAACUGUGGAUGCAUUCCGUCGUGCCAUUCCACCCCAUUGCUUCGAACGCGAUCUCACCAGAUCUCUCAGAUAUUUGGUGCAAGACUUUGCGGCCCUUGCUUUUCUUUACUUUGCUCUUCCUGUCUUCGAAUACUUUGGACUUGUCGGUUAUCUGGCAUGGAACGUAUUGAUGGGAGUCUUCGGAUUCGCUUUGUUUGUUGUCGGACACGAUUGUCUUCAUGGAUCAUUCUCAGAUAAUCAAGUUUUGAACGAUAUUAUUGGACACAUCGCAUUCUCUCCUCUUUUCUCUCCCUAUUUCCCAUGGCAAAAGAGUCACAAACUUCACCACGCUUUCACCAACCAUAUUGACAAAGAUCACGGACACGUUUGGAUUCAAGACAAAGACUAUGAAAAGAUGCCAACAUGGAAGAAGCUGUUCAAUCCAAUGCCGUUCUCGGGAUGGCUCAAAUGGUUCCCCGUUUACACACUGUUCGGAUUCUGCGAUGGAUCUCAUUUCUGGCCAUACUCUUCUCUUUUCGUCCGUGAUUCUGAGCGUGUUCAAUGCGUGAUUUCUGCCACUUGCUGUGUCGCUUGUGCCUAUGUUGCUCUCGCGAUUGCUGGAUCCUAUUCAAACUGGUUCUGGUACUACUGGGUUCCACUUUCCUUCUUUGGAUGCAUGCUCGUUAUUGUCACCUAUCUUCAACACGCUGAUGAAGUUGCUGAGGUUUACGAAGCUGAUGAGUGGAGUUUCGUGCGUGGACAAACCCAGACUAUCGAUCGUUUCUAUGGAUUUGGAUUGGAUGAGACCAUGCAUCACAUCACUGACGGACACGUUGCCCAUCAUUUCUUCAAUAAGAUUCCACAUUACCAUCUGAUCGAAGCUACUGAAGGUGUGAAGAAGGUUUUGGAGCCACUGUUCGAGACUCAGUACGGAUACAAGUACCAAGUAAAUUACGACUUCUUCGUCCGCUUCCUAUGGUUCAACAUCAAGCUCGACUAUCUUGUCCAUAAGACUAAAGGAAUCCUUCAAUUCCGAACAACUCUUGAGGAGAAGGCAAAAGCCAAGUAA